AUGACACGAGACAAACGUGAAAUUGUAAACUCCAUGGUCGAGGAUCUUCUUCAGCAAGGGAUGAUCUUUGAGAACACUAGUGCGUUUGCAUCCCCGGUGCUUCUAGUUUUGAAGAAGGAUGGCACAUGGCAACUGUGCGUGGAUUAUCGAGUGCUGAAUAAGGGACAAUGUCAUGCUAAGUUUUUCAGCAAGAUAGAUUAUCAGAUCAGGGUGGCAGCUGCAGGUAAUUUCAACAUCAUUCCUAACGCAUUUUCUUGCAUGUUUGCAAAACCAAAAGGAUCUGCAAUGUAUGAUGUUUCCCGCCAGCAACCCGAGUUUCUGCAGGCAAUUCGGGAUACAUAUCUUGAGGAUCCAACUCUUGCCUCUGCUUGUCAGACGUUAUCUGCUGGCAACCCGUAUCCAAAGUUCAUACUAGAUGACGGUCUCUUAUGGCGGAAAAGAUGCCCAGUUUUGAGUGGCAGACAUGACCUCCAACGUCAAGUUUUUCGUGAAUGCCAUUCUAGUUUUGUUGCAGGUCAUCCAGGCGGGAAUGCAGAAGAGAAGCGGGUUUUCGGUGAUCAAAACCAGGUGAUCAAAACCCAGGUGAUCAAACCCAGACAAAGCAUGAGACGGUUCCAAAUCCAGGGUUGCUUCAUCCUCUUCUUCGCUAAUGGCCCAUUUGACAGCAUUAGUAUGGAUUUCUUCAUGGGAUUGCCAUUGGUUCGGAUCGCUUCUCCAAAGUUGGUCGUUUUAUUCCCAACAAAAUCAACAGCGUCAGCUAAGGAUAUUGCAGAGCUUUUCUGCUCUGAAGUUGUUUGUUUCCAUGGAUUGCCUCGCAAGAUUGUUUCAGACAGGGAUCCAAAGUUUCUCAGUGUCUCUGGCACCAACUCUUCCAGUCUAUGGGCGUCAAGCUUUCCUUCAGUUCAGCAUCCCACCCUCAGUUAG